AUGAUGAACGUUCUGCUCCUUUUCUCCUGCAUCAGUUCAGCUGUUGUAGGAGUUCAAGUAAUAGGAUACAGAGGAGAGACUUUUAACAUCACAUGUCCUUAUGAAUCUGGAUAUGAAACAAAUAAGAAGUAUUUGUGUAAAGGAGAGUGUGGAUUUAUGAAUAAGAACAUCAUUGUUGAAUCAGGAUCUCCAGCUAAAGACAGAAGAUUUUCUCUGAUUGAUGACACGACUGCAAGAGUUUUCACCGUCACCAUCACUGAUCUGAGAACACAUGAUGUGGGCACAUACUGGUGUGGAGUGAGCACUUCGCUCAGAAAUGUGCUCAUAAAUUCAGAGAUUAUUUUGUUUGUUAAACUUGAUGACAAGUCCACCGUCCAACCAACUAAACAUCUUGUUGCAAUCACACCGUCUUAUUUCAGCACAUCAGUGUUCAAUCUACAGUCCACCGGCAUCAAACCCACAGAUCAGAGUCUCUCAUCAACAGACUCUAUUUCUUUUGCUGUCGGUCUGGUUGUAGUUCUGCUGGUUUUGUGUUCUGGAUUGUUCCUCUUCCUUAACCUGUGGGAACGAAAAUGUGGAACAGUUUCGAUUUGGCAAAAUAAGCAUCAGAAUGGAGAGAAUGUCUUCAUGUAUGAAGAGAUUCCAGACGGUGAUCUUGAAUCAUGUGAUGUCACAGUGAUCUUCAAUCAAACGUCUGCAUCGCACCUCACAGACAUCCUACGAACAUUUAGUGUGUAUGCCAAAGUAACCAAUCAGCAGUCUGAUUUAAAGCUCACUCACAUCCAUUCAGCCAAUCAGGUGACAGACGCAUGUUAUUUGGCGUCCCCUGAACCGAGCCUGGAUAUCAUGACAGCAACUAUGUACAUUAAAGAAAAUAAUUUGGUGAUCUCAUGACUUCAAAUUUUAUCAGU